AUGUUCGUUACUGCAGACCAAGGAUUGCGCAGAGCCACGGCUUUUGAAGUUCGCAAGAAUGGAUCCACGUUUACGGUAACCCGAAACGCCAUCACAGACGCUGAACUCGGUGCCAAGUUUGUGAUAUCACACAACAUCUUUGGCUACAAUCUCGCCAAGGUGCUUGGGGGUGAUGAUGAAUCGGGGACCUAUGGAGUGGAAGAUUAUCUAGAGGCAUUUGACGCCUUCGACGUGGGCAUAUUUCUACACUGUCUAGAAUCUGGUGAUGACUCAGACCCACUUCCAGCUAUGUAUAUCGACUUGGACUUCGCAAGCUCAUCACCAAACAUCUUGCGGGACUUCGAUAGGUUGGCUCCCCUAUCUGGCCAUUUGGACUUCACGCUUCCGCCGGAUAUCCUGCAGGAUAGGAUGGCAAUCAUCAGAGCCAGGCAAGUUGCCCAGCAACCCCAAAUCACUUCAGAAAUGACGGCCGAAAGAGUUGCAGAGCAUGAUGACUAG